CCAUGACAUCCACGUACCAUAGCUCAGGUGGCUAGUUGACAAGAAUCUGCAAAGAUACAGUAACACAUCUAACACACCUUUUUCUCUCCUCCUUCGUUUUUUACCCCACCUCUCGAAUUUAAAAAAACUUACAUUGUGCAAUGUACAUUCCCAUUGACAAGGCGCUGUACCUGAAUCACCCUCUGGGCGACGAUGUGGGCAAAGAUCCAUAUCCUGUCAUUAUGCAAGUGGAUAUGAUGACAGCCUGUUUUGGAGGACAAGACAUCAUAUCACCCCUCCCUACCACACCUCUCUCCCACUACACUGGCAGUAGCGAAUUCAGCAGCAGUAGCGGUAGAGCUGGAUGCGAGGUAUCAUCAUAUCGAAUCGGCAACGGUCGCAAUGCAAGACCAUAUCGUCCAAAAUAUCAUGUGCCAUCAGAUGCUUUUGAACCCAUGCCACAUAAACACAUGCCCUAUCCGAACGAUCCAAUGGAGUACUCACCUACCGAGAGUAGCUUACCAAUAACUAUACCUUGUAACUUUUAUGUUAGAACAAAUACAGGUUUAGCUACCUUGAUUGCAUGCAGAGAUUUGACAGCAUCACCAGUUGAUCUGGAUGCUGCCUAUGAUGAACCAAAUACGGACAAUAUAUGGUCACCCGAAACAAUAAACGCAAAGUGAGCAAAUACAAACGUCU